AUGCAGCCCCAGGAGGUGCCGCUGGCCUCCCUGCUCAGCAGCAGGCACCUGGAGCGCCUACGCGCGGACGGCGGCAGCGGCUCGGCCACGGUGGACAACCUGUGGGCCGCCACCCUUGCCGGCGACCUGGCCGAGGUGUCAGCGUACCAGGGCCCGUCGGCGCGCGGCGCGCUGGCGCUGGGCCCCGGCGGCACGUGGAACGACACCCUCAUCCCGCGCGUGCGGUACUUGUCGCGGGAGCGGCCCGGCUCGCCCGAGCUGGCGCCCGUGCAGCACUGGGACAUGACGGACGCGGAGAUCCGCGGCGGCUUCGACGGACUGGCGCUGGGCUACCGCAUCGCGCGCUGGACGGCGCGCACGGGGCGCCUGCGGCUGUCGCAGCUUCUAGACAUGUACUACUCGCCGCGCGGCGUGGCGCUGGACGCGGAGGUCAAGGCGUGCCAGCGGGGCAGCUCGGCGGCGGCCGCCUUCGCGGAAGACACCCUGUUCGCGCAGACGUCGCGGUUCGCGCGCACGCUGACGGACACCUCGCCGGACGCGCCCUACAUGACGGAGGCCGCGCUCAGGAACUUCACCGCCGCCUCGGUGAGGGCCUUCCUGAGGUAUGCAGGCGACCUGCUCCAGGGUGACGCUUGCGACUCGCCGCCGCUCAUGUCCGUGCGCGUCAACGCCAUCGUGGUCCUGGACACGACCUGGGCGAGGGCGGCGGCCUACAGGUUCAUCACGCUGCUCGCCGGCGCCGAGGGCAUCGACGUGGGGCUGUUCGGGUCCCGCCUAGCCAUCAUGAACGGCGGCUUGGGCGGCCCUGUAGGUGGACACUGGAUCGUCAACUUCACCGACAGCCCCGUGCAGAUUGCCACUGACUGGGUCGCGGUGGACGCCGCCGAUGACAUCUGGCCGACGUACCUGGACCUGCCGUGGACGCUGAUGGCCGUCAUCGAGCACCUGCAGUCCAAGGCGGAGGCCGAGUCGGUGCAGGGCAGCGUGGGCAGCGCGCACGGCGACGUGGUCGUCAUCCUGGCCACGGCCUCCACGGUCAGCGACGCGGACAUGCGCCACGCCAAGGAGCUCGUGCCCCGCGUCAAGGAGAUCAACCCCGACGUCCGGCUGCUGUACGUGGUCACCGAGCUGGGCGAGGCGCGCUUCCAGGAGCUGGCCACGAUGAGCGCCGAGUGGGACGACGUGGUGGUGGUGGUGGACGACACGGAGGCGGACACGGUGGCGCACGCCGUCGCCAGCUACCUGCGCCACACGCCGGGCCGCCUCAUGCCCGCCGAGUGCGUGCUGACGCAGGGCGGCUCGCCGAGCUCCACGCCGUCGCCGUCAAGGUCGACGUCGAGGCCUUACGCCGCCGCGGCCAGGGGCAACCACGCCAGGGCCAAGGGGUGGCCGGUGCAGCCGGGGCUCCACGUGUGGGCCGCGCCGGGGGUGCGGGGUCGCGGGGGGUGGAGCCGGGCUGGCGGCGGGGGCGCGCGGAUGGGGUCUCGGGCCGAGUUCGAGGACUACGUGGCGCCGGGGCAGCUGCGUCUGUACCGCAUCCACACCGAGUACACGCGCCCCGGCAUGCCGGUCAGCGUCGAGAUGGUCGGCGAGGAUUACGGCGAACUGCGGCUGUGCAUGUGGAGGGGCGCCGCUCCCGGCGGGGCCAUGGCCGCCAUGCGGGCUGCGCUGCGCGCCGAGGACGCCGGCGGCGUGGACCCGGGCCGCGGUGACCGCGACGACACGCCGCAGGCCGAGUGCGCCAACCUGUCGGGCUUCGGGGAGACGAACGUGACCAUCGCGGACCCCUGCCAGGACCGGUGCGCGCCGCUGUACGUCAGCGUGUCCGCCAGCAAGUCCACGUUCAAGUGCACCGAGGAGGACUGCCGCUACCCGGACGAGGUGCGCUACCUGCUGCGCCCCCGCGGUGUGUCCUGCGCCGGCAGCCUGCCCGUCCAGUCCGGCAGCACGACGUGCACGACGUCGCCGGCCUCGUUGUCGCUGUGGGUCGCCGCCCUCGCCGCCCAGCUGGUGCUGCUGCUGGCGGCCCACUAGAAGGACGACAACUGUGACGACAACCACCGAAAAGGAACAGAGAGGGGAGAGAAAGCGGGGCGAAGCGGCACCCCUUGCUGCACCCAUCGCUUGCGCUGCUUGCGCGCUUUCUGACAAUCGUGCAAUCGUGAAUUAUGACACGGAGGAGGGAGGGAGAUGCCUCGCCACUACUGCCAUUAGAUACUAUUUAUUUUAGUUGUAAUACUUGCCUCUAGUCUGUACCACGAAUAAAAUAAUCUAAAUCUGA